AUGGCAAGAGUUCAUCUAUUGUUAUGCUUCACACUUCUAUUUGUAUCUGUAAACCUUUUGAAUGAAGCUUCAGCUUCUUUGAAGCUGAAGCCAUCUUUACCUAAGAUUGAAGAUCCAAAAACGUUGGGUGAAGUGGAAGGCUACACUGUUCAAGUAGUGACAAUAUUUGUUGCGGACCUCGAGAAAGAAUGUCCUAAAACAAGCAAAUUCAAAACGUUCUUUGACAAACUAAGAGGAUUUGCCAAGUUUCUUUGCCCACUAAAUUUAUUUCGCAAAAAAGAUGAUGCCGAAGUGAAGGAGAAAGAAGAUGGCAUUCUCAAAACCAUUGCCUCUUUUGCUGUUGGAAGGAUAAAGAGCGAAAUUCAAGAGGAGAAAGAGGAAGCUAUCGAAACCUUUAAGUUUUUGAAAACUUUGGGUGGUAAAAUUUUGGGUGGCCGCAAGAAAGAAGAGAAGGAAGCACUAACACCUGAACAAUUGAAAGAAAUCAAAGAUGGGAUCUUAAAAUGGCAGACUGUGAUUACUAAGAUCACAAACACUAUGGUAACAACUACAACAACAACAACCAACGAAGGCGCUGAUAGUACUGCCACCGCCACUGGAGACUCUUCAAGUCCUAACUCCGGAGGCGCAACUGGAAGUCCAUCAAACAAACCAUCAGCUGGUUCAAACCCUGGAGCUGGAACUCCCUCUAAGGAUACAAACAAGCCAUCAGCUGGCUCAAACCCUGGAGCUGGAUCUCCCUCUGAGGAUACAGAGGAGCCAUCAGCUGGUUCAAACCCUGGAGCUGGAGCUGGAACUGGAAAUCCCUCUAAGGAUACAGACAAGCCAUCAGCUGGUUCAAACCCUGGAGCUGGAGCUGGAGCUGGAACUCCCUCUAAGGAUACAGACGAGCCAUCAGCUGGUUCAAACCCUGGAGCUGGAACUGGAACUCCCUCUAAGGGUACAAACAAUCAAUCAAAUUCUGCUUCAAGUGGAACUGAAAGUACUACUACUAGCCAGACCAAAGAGGUGACAGUGACAGAAGUCGAGACUCAGACUUCUGAACAAGUUAUGACAUUCUUAAUGAACCUAGAGAAGAAGUGUCCACCAAAAGACGAAUACAAGCAAUUCUUCGAGCAACUAAAGAGUACCAUGACAGGUUCCGCAAAAGUUUCUUCUCCAAAGAGAAAAGGACUAUUCGGUAGGAUUAAAGGUGCUGUUGGCAAAAUAGGUGAUACCAUGAAAUUUAUUCGUUCAAGAAUUACAGGCAAAUCAGCAGAAGCAAAGAAGUCGAUGGAAACUUUCCAAACAGAAAUAAUAAAGUCUAUGGAGGAGCUAAAUGCAAUCCACGCUAAAAUUGUAGCCCAAAAUCAAAGCAAGAAAGGAGGAGCAAUGACAUGCACACCAGAACAACAAGCAGAGAUUAAAACGACAAUCACUAAGUGGGAACAAGUCACAACGCAAUUCGUUGAGGUUGCUAUUAAGAGUGAAAGUUCUACAACUUCUUCUACUGAAACAUCUUCUACGGGAAAGGCACAGGCACAGGCAAACUGAACUUAAAGAUGACAAAACUAGUAACCAAUAGCUAUUAAUUACAUUUUUUUAUUUUGAAUAAAACACCAUUGGUGUAGGCCAGCAAAUAAUCAAUAACUAUGUAAACGUAUAUAUAGAAAC